AGACUCUCUCCACUUUCACGCUAUUGUAAAAAAAAUAUGGAUAUUUCAAAAUAUAAUGGAAAUAUUCAUCCGGAUGAAUGGAUACUUGAUAUUCAGAAAUAUAGUUACAUGUGGGAAAAAAAUUAUGGAGGGUUUUUAAAUACUGCUAUAUCAUUAGUUGAUCCCACUAUUAAACUCCCAACUGAAAUUCGUGAUAUUGAAGAACUUCGUAAUGCAUUAAAAGAAAAUAUUUCUUUUACAGUAUUUAAGAAUACAAACAAAAGAAAAUUACAAUCAUUAAAAUAUAUUCCUGAAAGUAGAGGCGGUGACACUUCAAAAUUUAUUUCAAAUUUUCUUAAAUUAUGUUAUAACGCUGAAAUUAAUGACAUAGAAGAACAAAAGAAUUAUCUUUAUAAAUCGCUUCCAACGAGUAAUUAUUUUGCAAUCGAAUUUUAUAAAAAAAUGAAAAAUGUAAAUUCAAUUAAUGAAUUAAUUAAAGAAUUUGAAGAUAUUAUUGCUGAAGAAUCAAAUUUAAUUAAAAAUGAUUCUGUUGUAGCUUUAAAACAUGUUGCUACAGGAAAAUAUUUAAAUUCAGCUGAAACUUUAUGUUACACAACUGGAAGUCGUACUCAAUUGGUUUUUGCAGGAAGUCCAGUACCUGGUUCAAAUUCUUUAUGGAAAAUUAAAUUUGGUGAAGAAUUAGCUACCAACAAUACUUCGAUAAAAUUACAACACAUCAAAUCUAGUAAUAAAUUUCUCGGAACAAAUUAUGAUUAUAAUUGUUGGAGAAAAUCUCCAUCAAAUAAUCAUACAGAAGUUAGUUGUAAUAAUAUCAGUAAUUUUAGUAUUAGUUGCUAUUGGUAUGAAAAUUGGAAAUUUAAUUAUAGUAAAUUAGAAAAUCACCAAGGAUAUUUAAAAUCAAAUGAUAUUAUUAACCUUAGUAUUGAGAAAUCGCAUGUUAAUAAUAGAGUUGAAUUUCUACGUAGUCAUGAUAUUCAAUUUACUAUUGGAAAUGAUACCUUUCAAGAAGUUGUUUGUCAUAAUGAAAGAUUAGGAGGAAAUGAUGAAUGGCGUAUUGAACUUAUUAAACAACAUAUUUGGACCAUAGAUACUUUACAUUAUUAAAUAAAUUUUGAUUAUUACCGUAAUUCAUUGGUUGGGUAUAUUUUUAGUUAUAUUAGAAUAUGUUUUAUCUUCGAAUUCUUCAGCUUGUAAUAAAUUAUGGAGAUCUUCGUUAAAAUUUGUAUUUACG